CCACAUUCUUCAUACUUUGUGCCUGACCCCCAUGGACCUUCUUGUGCUCCGUAAAGCGUGGAGCAUCUCAACUAUUCCCGAGGGCGAGAAUUUCUCCGCGGACGAUCCAGACACCGUUGGUUGAGGAACAUUCGGCUUCACAAUGCUUGACACGCAAGCGAGCGUUGCCUUGGUUGCAUCCUUCUCCUAUGUCUCUCCCUAAUAGCCCUAUAUCCCGGGAGCAUGACGACUACGGAUAUAGCCUCUAACAAGCAUAAGCAGUUGCUACCAGCACGUGGGCUACAUAUCUUUAGCCGUAACAUAUGCCCUUGUACGGAGCGCGGAAUGCAACAUGCCUGAUGCCAGACACUGGGCUGAUGCUUCAGAAAAUUGCCGAAUGUCACUACCAUUCUCAUACUGUAUCAGGCAGUCGAGGUAGUACUGCUAGUGGGCCAAGGCAAGCUGAUGGGUCUCAAAAGGGGAAAUAUUACAAGUAUACGGAUAACUUCCAGUCCUCGUACCGAACGAAGGAGCGCAAUCUUGACACUGGCCGUAAGCGCACACACCGUAUCUUAUGCACUCGGCGGCUCACCCGUCACGCCGUCAUACAGAUGACGGUUCCCAUGGCAGACUUUUAAGGAGUUGCUCAUCUUCCAGGCAUUGCCAGCGCAUUCCGCCGCCCGUUGGUGCACGGUUGAAUCUUUGAAGUAAUGCGAGGCUACUGCUAGUGCGAGCGCGAGAAGAGGUUGCGGAUUCCGGGCUCCGGACUCCGGAAUACUAAUACUAAGGGGGAACGCCGAUGUACUAAUCUUGCUAGUACGUUAAUAUACUAUCAUCCGCCAAAAUGCGGCCCGCG